ACCAUCCGGUCUCGGGUCAAAGUUCAAAAGAAGUCUGCAGUGCGUGGUUCGCUCCUGCCGGAUUUUUAAUUUCUUUAUUUUUGGAAUAGGUGGUCUUUCAUUUUAAUUCCUUCAGAAAGAUGGCCUCAGAUUCAGGCUACGGUCAGCCUGGCGCUCAACAAAGCUACGGAUCGUAUGGCGGAUCCCAGGCCUAUCCAGGUGGACAGCAGGGAUAUGGUCAGGGUAAUGGCAGCGGCUCUUACAGUGGACAGAGUUACAGUGCUUAUGGACAGUCUGGUGGAGAGAGCUUUGGCCAGUCGUCUCAGGGUUACUCCUCUGCUGCUUAUGGUCAGCAGCAACCACCACCACCUCCUCAGCAGCAGCAGCCACCUCCUCAGCAGCCUGGCUACGACAGCUAUGGACAGCAGGCAUCCGAAUCCUCGUCCGGUUAUGGUGAUAAGUCGUAUGGACAGCAGCGAUCUUAUGGACAGCAGUCAGGAGGAGGUGCUGCUGGAGGAGCGUACGCCCAGUCCGGUGCCUCAUACGGGGGGUCUCAAGGUGGAUAUGUGCGCCGCAAUGAUGGUGAUAGCCGGAGGUUUGGCGAUGACGGUGGCUCGGACAGGACGGAGGGUUACAGGGGCAGAGGACGUGGGAGUUUUGAUCGUGGUGGUUAUGACCGCGGAGGCUAUGACAGAGGUGGCCGUGGCGGCCCACCCUCCGGUAUGGGUGGUGGUGACCGUGGUGGCUACAAAAAUUACGGUGGAACCAGAGACUACGGUCAAAAGGAUGAUGGAGAUGGCGAUCAGGAUAACUCGGACAAUAACACCAUCUUUGUCCAAGGUCUCAGUGAAGACAUCACCACUGAGGAAGUGGGUGACUACUUCAAGCAAAUUGGAAUCAUUAAGGUCAAUAAGAAGACCGGCAAACCUAUGAUCAAUCUGUACACUGACAAAGCCACCGGACGACUGAAGGGUGAAGCCACCGUGUCGUUUGACGAUCCUCCCUCAGCCAAAGCUGCCAUUGAUUGGUUUGAUGGAAAAGAGUUCAAUGGAAAACCCAUCAAGGUGUCAUUUGCUACCAGAAGAGCUGAAUUCACCCAGAGAGGAGGAGGAGGUGGAGCUGGUGGUGGUGGAGGAGGUGGAGGAGCAGGAGGAGGUGGUGGACGAGGACGUGGUGGUUUUCGAGGCAGAGGUGGCUUUGGUGGAGGUCCCUCAUUUGAUGUCAAGGGUGGAGACUGGCCUUGUCCCAACAGUUCUUGUGGCAACAUGAACUUUGCUAGAAGAUAUGAAUGCAACAGGUGUGGAACGCCAAAGCCAGAAGGUGAUGGAGAUGAUCGUGGCGGACGAGGCGGGUACGGAGGAGACCGCGGGGACCGCGGCGGCUUCAGAGGCGGCAGAGGAGGAGGCUUCCGAGGUGGAGACCGUGGAGGAUACAAAAUGGGCGGAAGGGGAGACCACAGAGAGGAUCGACGAGGCCGGCCUUACUGAAGCCAUUCCAGACGUGUUUAUUGUGGGGUGGGGAUGAGAGGGUACGGGGAGAGGUUUGUGUCUGCAAUCCUUUCUGUUGCAUGAGCAUAUACUGUCUGAAAUGAGCAGUUUUUUCCCAUAAAUGUUGAAUCUACUGUGAGGGGCUGAGUGAAGGGAACUGGAUGAAUUUGAUCUCUGCCACUUUGUACAGCUUUAGUCCUGUAAGGAAGUGGCAGCACUGGCCACAGAUCAGCUUUAAAGGGUCAUUUUGCUCUGGGUGAAAGGGGAGGGGCCAGAUGUUAUUUUUGUUACUUUUUAAUUUCCUGACCUGUUGAAUCCGGCAUUUAGUGUGUGAUAGAUUUGUGAAAUGCUUAUUGUUUUGUAAAAAUCAAUCAACACAAACCGUUUUACUUGUUUCUUUUUGUUUUUGAUUUCUUUUUUUUUUUUUUUUUUUGCAAAAAAUAUUAAACACCCUUUUGAUCUUACUUGUUUUUGUCUUUAUGAUUUACUUUUUGUAGUAUACAUUAUACUAUAUGCAAUAAAUAGCAACAUUAAGUUGCAAAAAAA